GUUUGUGUGCCAACCAACCGAAACAUCAGGAAGUCAGUUAGAGAGGAUUAACUGAAAAUAUCAACUACUGGAUAAUAUGAAAAAAACAUAGAAAUAGUAUUCAUAUUAUGUUUGCAGCGUACAACAACAUUGUUUCAACACAAGAUUAUUUAAUAAGACUACAGGUAAAUAGAGGAAACUCUCUUGUGAAUCAGGUCAAAGUACUUUUUUUUUUUCUAAUCACACUUUACAGCUUCAUAGGCGCCAGAGAGAACUGACUCAGAGAUACAGACUUGUUAAUUUCUCUAUAACUCCAGGAUGAUUGGCCCAAAUUAUGGACUCUUCCUUAAACCUGAGCUCAGUUUGGUUUUCCAACACAUUGUGAUCCUCCUUUUACUGGCAGAACCUUGUAGAGCCCAGCCUGAGGGAGUUGUGCCGUUUCAAACAAUAGUGACCCUAGUUGGUGAAGAUGUUAUCUUGCCAUGCCACCUACAACCUGCCAUGGACAUCGUUUCAGAGAGUAUGGAGUGGGGUAGACUUGACCUGGAGCCCAGAUUUGUCCAUGUCUGGUAUGGAGGUCAAAACUAUCUGGUUAACCAAAACCCAUCGUACAAAGGAAGGACAUCAGUGUCAACCGACAACCUGAAGCGUGGAGACUUUUCACUGAAACUCUCCGCAGUGAAACAUUCUGAUCAAGGAAAAUAUAGAUGCCACUUUCCCUCCCGUGAUCAGACAUCUAAUGUUGAGCUUGUUGUUGGUUCUGUCUCCUCAGCUGUCAUAGCUGGGAUUAACAUAAACAGCAGCACAGCAGUUAUACAGUGUGAGUCUGAAGGCUGGUAUCCAGAGCCUGAGGUGUCCUGGCUGGACGCUAAGGGAAACCUCCUAUCUGCUGGACCUACUCAGACAGUCAGAGGUCCUGAUGACCUCUAUACUGUCAGGAGCAGAGUGACUGUGGAGAAGAGUGACACGUUCACCUGUAGAGUCCAACAGAAGAACAUCAACCAGACCAGAGAGACAAAUAUUCAGGUUUCAGCUGAUUACUUUGGGGCCACGUCUUCUUCUGCCACUCGUGUUAGCAUUAUAGUGGUUACUUUGCUCAUGUUUAGUCUCGCAGCAGGCUUUGCUGUGUGGAAAUGGAAACACCAAAACAAAGUUUCCUAUGAGGCUGAAGAGAGAGAGCGUGAGAAGCUCAUGGCACAAAAGCAGCUAAAGGAGGAAAAGGACAAACUUGAAGAAUGGUUACAGGGGAAACAGAAAAUCCUGGAAGAUGAGACUGGGAAACUGAAGGAAAUGGAGGAACAAAGGAAGGAACUGAAAGACCUGAGAGAUCAAUUCAAACGUGAAAAUGAGGAGGAGGAGAGAAACAUACAAGAUAUUGAGAGGAAGGUUAAGUCAGUGGAAGAGAGUGUAGAAAAGGACAGUAAAAUAAGAGAAAUAAUACUCAUAGCCAAAAGACAACUGUGUGAAAUUCAAAUAAAAUAUCAAAAACUUGAUCAAUACACAGAAACUCUACUGACCAAAACAGGUGGUUUGUCAAACAAACUGACGGACUGGAUGAAAGAAGUAGAUAACCACAAGGUUGAAAUCAGUGAGCACUUUAAGGAGACAAAGGAAACUUCAGUCAGUGCAGAAGGAGGGAACCUGACCCACGCAGAUUAAUGAAUUAGUUGUUUGUGAAUAUUAUUGUCAACUGUGGUCCUUUUAAUGUACUGUAAUACUGUGAUUUAUAAGUGUGUGGUUAUUGUUUUUUUUGUUGAUUUUUAGUUUUCAUUUGUGAGUCAUCAUGUGACAGCUCUUGCAAGUGAUUCAGCAGAAUUCGGUGCAUAGAACUGUAAUCUGCAUGUUGACUUGCUGUUGGCUGUACAAAGACCUUCGCCUUCCUGAUUAGUUUUUAGAGAACAAAUCACAAGUGACAUAUCUUUGACUUUUUUUCUAUAGUUUUUUUUAUUUGUCUGUAAAAAUGUGUUUUUCUAAACUGUUUGGGCAAAGCGCCGAGU